AUGUGCGAUGCCCUUCGAGCUCUCUAUGACACGCCCAAAUGCGAUGACGCUAUGUUCAUCAAUACUGGAGUCGGCAUGACCCAAGGGACCGAGCCUGGUCGACAACCUUACUACUUCGACCCCGUUAUGAAAGGUGCGUUGCUGGGCACAGGAGCUGCCCCAUGUCCCACUAAGGAUGACGUCGGAGACUUGGGGAUGCCUCUCACAGAAGCUCAACUCAACGCGAUUCGCUCUUCUUGGGAAACUCCUAUAACACUAAUUCAAGGCCCUCCAGGGACUGGCAAGACACACACAGCUGUUGCUCUCGUCAAACACUGGGUUGUGAACAAAAUAACCGCCCGAGGCGAGGGGAAGGUAUUGGUGGUGGCGGAUUCCAAUGCAGCUGCAGACAAUAUCCGUGGGCUCAUGGUCAAGGCUGGAAUCGAAUGCUAUCGAGUCGGUCGGGCUCAGGAGACGGAUGGCGGAACCCGGGAAGUUUCUGAUGACGUUUUAAGGAAGCUCGAAGGUACUCGUGCUGUUCGUGAUUACCGACGUGCCGUAAUACUGGGUGAUAUACAUAAGUUGCCGUAUUUCCGGCAGAGAAUCGAUAAGGCCGCCGUAGACGAGUACCAAGUCUUGGUCGCCACGUGUAUUGGGAGUGGCCAUCAGCUCUUGGACUCGGUUGAUUUCGAAUCUGUCAUCAUAGAUGAGUGUACUCAGGCGACGGAGCCAGCCAGUCUGGUUCCUCUGGCAAGAGGAGCGAAGCGAUGCGUAUUGCUGGGUGAUCAUAAGCAACUGCCAGCGACCGUCCAUUGCAAUACUGCAAAAAGUGGCGGCUUGGGCAUCAGCUUGUUCGAGCGGCUCGCCAUGAGUGGCACUCCGGUCCACCUUCUCGACAUUCAGCGUAGAAUGCACCCGAGCAUAGCCGAGUUUUCGAACCAUCACUUCUAUGACAACCGAAUAAAGCAUGAAGUUUCCGAUCGCCCACUCAUCCCCGGCCUCCGCUGGCCGAACCCACAGAUACGAGUCGCCCUUGUCGACACAUCUCAACUCAUUGCCGGUGAAUCAAAAGUCGGCACCAGCUUGAUGAACCGUGAGGAAGCACGGUUAUUGCUUGAUGCACUCUAUGACGCUGUUGCUAACGGAACACCUCCAGGUCAAAUUGGUUUGGUUGUUCCAUACAAUGCUCAGAAGUCCCACGUGAUAGCUGCCCUCAAGGAAGACACUCGUUUUUCUCCCGAACAGCGUGCAGCGGUUCAGAUCAAUACUGUUGAUGGUUUCCAAGGGCACGAGAAAGAGCUCAUAUUCUUCAGUGCUGUCCGGUCCAAUGUUUCAGGACAAGUAGGCUUCAUCGCGGAUCCACGGCGUAUGAACGUCAUGCUCACACGAGCUCGUCGUGGAUUGGUGGUCUUCUGUGAUGUGAACACCAUGACGGCUUCUGGAGGCCAUUGGAGAAGUUGGGUAGAGUGGAUCGAGCGGAAAGGCGGUAUAAUUACAGCUGCUGAUUGGCGGCGUGGGUCGCGAGGAGAGUGAUUUCCACUACGGCCAUUACAAAUAAUUUAUCAAUCAUCAUCAGAUCUACUGAAAUCCACUCAUCACCGGCGUAGCAUUAUUU